GACAAGCAAUCGGCCGCGUCCAGAGCAGCAGGCGGCAUCCGGGGGGAGCGGGGCCGGCUGGGGGGCCCCAGGAGGGCUUCCUGGAACCCCAGCUCCAUGGCCGCCUGCACCCUGACACAGGCCAGAUAAGAGUCCCGGCUGCAUUAUCAGAGCCCGGCAGGGCACCGGCCUCCCUGCACCAGAAGGAAGACUGGGGGCGCAGCAGGUCCUCAAGGCGAUCUUCCCAGAGAGCGGGACCCGCGGCUGGUGGCCAGAGUGGAUGGACUUUGCCGAGCCCUAGCUCAAGUCCGGGAGUCCCGGGCCAGAUGGGGGCAGACGCUUGCUGGCGGCAAUAGAGAAAGUGAGGCAGCUGCAAGGAGGGCGGCGGGACUGCACUUGAGUGUCCAGACCUGCUCGAUGGUGACCGCCAUGUCAGUGAGGUUGCGGUUCCUGUCCCCUGGGGACACAGGGGCUGUGGGGCUCGUGGGCCGGAGCGCCUCCUUCGCAGGCUUCAGCAGCGCACAGAGCCGGAGGAUUGCAAAGUCCAUCAACAGGAACUCCGUGAGAUCGCGAAUGCCUGCAAAAUCCUCCAAGUUGUACGGCACGCUGCGAAAGGGGUCGGUCUGUGCAGACCCCAAGCCCCAGCAGGUGAAGAAGAUCUUCGAAGCAUUGAAAAGAGGCCUCAAGGAGUAUCUGUGUGUGCAGCAGGCUGAGCUGGACCACCUGUCUGGACGCCACAAGGACACCAGGAGGAAUUCCAGGCUGGCUUUCUAUUACGACCUGGACAAGCAAACGCGCUGUGUGGAAAGGCACAUUCGGAAGAUGGAGUUUCACAUCAGCAAGGUCAGCCGGCUCGACAUGUGGCUCAUCGAGGGGGCCCUGGAGGUUCACCUGGGCGAGUUCCACAUCCGGAUGAAAGGCUUGGUGGGCUACGCACGCCUCUGCCCCGGAGACCACUAUGAGGUGCUCAUGCGUCUGGGCCGCCAGCGCUGGAAGCUCAAGGGUCGGAUCGAGUCAGAUGACAGUCAGACCUGGGAUGAAGAGGAGAAGGCCUUCGUUCCCACGCUGCAUGAGAACCUGGACAUCAAGGUGAUGGAGCUUCGGGGCCUGGGCUCGCUGGCUGUGGGCGCAGUGACGUGUGACAUCGCCGACUUCUUCACGACACGGCCACAGGUCAUCGUGGUGGACAUCACAGAGCUGGGUACCAUCAAGUUGCAGUUGGAGGUGCAGUGGAACCCGUUUGAUACUGAGAGCUUCCUGGUGUCACCCAGCCCCACAGGCAAGUUUUCUGUGGGCAGCAGGAAGGGCUCCUUGUACAACUGGACACCCCCGAGCACCCCCAGCUUCCGGGAGAGAUACUACCUGUCUGUCCUACAGCAGCCAACACAGCAGGCCUUGCUACUCGGUGGCCCAAGAGCCACCUCCAUCCUCAGCUACCUGUCUGACAGCGACCUCCGGGGUCCCAGCCUAAGAAGCCAGAGUCAGGAGCUGCCUGAGAUGGACUCCUUCAGCUCUGAGGACCCCCGAGACACGGAGACCAGCACGUCAGCGUCCACCUCAGAUGCGGGCUUCCUGCCGUUGGCCAUCGGCCCCCACGCCUCCAUUGAAGAGGAGGCCCGGGAGGACCCCCUGUCCCCAGGUCUCCUGCCAGAGACGGCCCACCUCUCGGGAGGCCCAUUUGCAGAGCAGCCCGGCUGGAGGAACCUAGGAGUGGAGAGCCCCAGCCUGCCACAGGGCUCCCUGUUCCACAAUGGCACAGCCCCAAGUAGCCAGAAAGGCCACGAGGAAGGGGCAACCGGGGACAGAGAGGAGGGACCUGGCGUGGCCCUUGAGGGGCCUCUGCAGGAGGUCCUGGAGUUGCUGAGGCCCACGGACUCCACCCAGCCCCAGCUCCGGGAGCUGGAGUACCAGGUCCUAGGUUUCCGGGACCGGCUGAAGCCCUGCAGAGCACGGCAGGAGCAUGCCUCGGCCGAGAGCCUGAUGGAGUGCAUCCUGGAGAGCUUCGCCUUUCUCAAUGCCGACUUCGCCCCAGAUGAGCUAUCCCUGUUUGGGGGCUCCCAGAGUCCCCGAAAGGACCGGCCCCUGCCCCCACCAUCAUCACUGAAAACGUCAUCCAGGGAACUCACAGCCGGUGCCCCGGAGCUGGACGUGCUGCUGACGGUACACCUCCGAGUCUGCAAAGCUCUGCUGCAGAAACUGGCCUCCCCUAAUUUAUCAAGGCUGGUCCAGGAAUGCCUGCUGGAAGAAGUGGCACAGCAAAAGCAUGUUCUGGAGACACUUUCUGUCCUUGACUUUGAGAAGGUCGGCAAGGCAACAUCCAUCGAAGAGAUCAUCCCACAGGCCUCGCGGAGGAAGGGGUGCCUGAAGCUCUGGAGAGGGUGCACAGGGCCUGGCAGAGUCCUGUCCUGCCCGGCCACGAAGCUGCUGAACCAGCUCAAGAAAACCUUCCUGCACAGAGUCAGAGGGAAAUACCCGGGACAGCUGGAAAUAGUGUGCCGCAGGCUCCUGGAGCAGGUGGUCAGCUGUGGUGGGCUGCUCCCCGGAGCUGGGCUCCCCGAAGAACAGACCAUCACCUGGUUCCAGUUUCACGGCUACCUGCAGAAGCAGGGUGUCUCCGACCUGGAGAAGCACUUCACCCAGCUCACCAAGGAAGUGACACUCAUCGAGGAGCUUCACUGUGCAGGGCAGGCCAAGGUGGUCCGGAAGCUGCAGGGGAAGCGGCUGGCCCAGCUCCAGCCCCUGCCCCAGACUUUAAGAGCCUGGGCGCUGCUCCAGCUGGACGGCACUCCGAGGGUGUCCAGGGUGGCCAGCGCUCGCCUGGCGGGUGCAGUCAGGAACAGAAGCUUCCGGGAAAAGGCUGUGCUCUUCUACACCAACGCCCUGGCAGAGAACGAUGCAAGGCUCCAGGAGGCCGCGUGCCUGGCGCUCAGACAGCUCAAGGGCAUUGAAAGCAUCGACCAGAUUGCCAGCCUGUGCCAGUCUGACCUGGAGGCCGUGCGGGCGGCAGCCCGGGAAACCACACUCUCGUUCGGUGAAAAAGGACGGUUAGCUUUUGAGAAGAUGGACAAGCUCUGCUCAGAACAAAGAGAAGUCUUUUGCCAGGAGGCAGAUGUUGAAAUCACAAUAUUUUAAAAAAUCCUGGUGGUUGAGCACAAAUCUCACAUCGGUUUUUUGCCGCUGCCCGGCUUGGACGUAGCCUGCGCGCUGGGUAAUGGUGCUGUGCACUCCUCCAGGAGUGUGAGCUGUCCAGAGCGCUGCCUGAGGCUCCGGCCACUGACCCAGCCCCAGGGCAUGGGCUGGUCUUCUGUACAGAAGCAGAAGAAAGCAAGGCAGGGGCUGCCAGGCCUCAGUGGAGUGCUCGACUUCUGGCUGCGGGUCUGUGUGACCUUCCCAGGGAUGCAGAGCUGAGCUGCACUAGGUGGCCACCUACAAAAGGGCCAAGGCCAGGCAAGUCGAGGCCCUAAAUAAAAGGCUCCAAGGCAAGUGUGUAGAACUCCAGGCCUCCCUGCCGGUCAGCUGCUUGGCACUUCUGGGUCAACAGGCGCUGGGAUGCAGCAGGCUGGCAGGUGGCUGGCCCUGUUAAUGCAAGACUGCUCAGGUCAUUUCAGCAGCAGCCAGGUGUCACCUUGGUGAGCUGGGGAAGGCGGGAAGGCACAAAGCCAGGGUGUCUACAUGCACACUCUCAGCCUGACCUGCAGCCAGAGUGCCGGUGGAACUCCCAAACAGCGGCUGGUGGACUGAGAACCUCAUUUGCCCCCUGUUCAGCAGCACAAACGGAAGAAGCCACCACAUCAGCCCAGGAGCCUUGAGUAGCACAGGCAGCAGGGCCACUCACUUUGGCCAUCCGCACCCAAAUGCAAUCAAGCCAGCUUCGGAAGCUACCCUAGGGUCUCGUCAAUAAACCGUUACAGAAGCCAUCAACUGGCCUGAAGAAAGAGUUCACUGAAGAACACACUGUUUUAAAGAAAGAAAAUUAGUUUCCUAUUUAAGUCUUAAAAAAAGCAAACCAUGUCCUGAGAUGUCUGUGUUAAUAGUGCAGACAGAACCUAGGGUUUGAGGUUGCUGUAGCAAUGGCAUUGGAGAACUUUAACUUGAACAUUCUCAUCGAUACUUCCUGUACAUAUUUUGUGCUUUUUGGUUUAACUUAGUAUUUAUUUGCCUUGUUCAUAUGUUCCAUUUUCUGAAAUUUCAAUUAAACUAUUUUAAUUGGUGUUUCACUUUUUACCCAAAA